AUGGGAUUAAACAAGGACGCAAGCCACACAUACGUGCACAUGCACCGCGCUCGAGACGCCGACCUGUUUGAGGACUUUUGCAAGGAGAGGCUUCCGGACGAUGAGGUGUACGUACCACCACAGCACCAGCCGAUCAACCCGGAGGACGAGGACGACGUGGUGCCGGACCAGCACGCGGCCUUUGGCAUCACCAAGGCGACGCAGAGGCAACGCGAGGCUGCGUGGAAGGAUCUCGGGCUCGCGGGCUUGAUGAACCGCGGACCGCCACCGCCGGGCGGGUGGGCGCAGGAUAAAGGAGCGGGCGGUGCCGGUGCUGCUGGUUCGAAGAGGUUGCCUCGGUAG